AUGCCUCAAGCACAGCCAGAACUCAAGAAGUACCUCGAGAAGCGCGUUCUCGUCCAGCUCAAUGGCAGCCGCAAAGUCAUGGGUAUCCUCCGCGGUUACGACGUCUACCUAAACAUUGUACUCGAUGAGGCGCUAGAGGAGAAGGCUGGCGGCGAGAAGGUGCGCAUCGGCAUGGUCGUCAUCAGAGGGAAUGCAGUGGUCAUGCUUGAAGCGCUUGACCGCAUCAACCAGGACGUACCCAAGAUCGGACGAUAG